GAAAGAAUGAAACAGUAAACAAUUGCAUUUAGCUUUUAGGUUGAUAGCCAUUAAAGAAAGUUGAACAGAGCGACAGAGAAAGACAGAGGAAGGGCAGCAGAGCAUAUGGUUGGUCAAGCAACAUAAACCAAAAAGCACAUCUUAACAUAUAGCACGCCUCUCUCAGUUCCCUCCGCUUCCCAUAGAUUUCUCCGCUUCUCUUCUCCAUCAUUUUUCACUCGCUCAUCCUCCCCAUUCACGGUGGCCGCCGGAGCCUCAGAUUUCGGAGAUCUGUAGUUGAACAAGUAUCCUAGAAUGAUUCGCCUGGCGGACUUGGUGUUUGUUGCGCUUCUGUUGGCAGCUGCGGAAAUGGCGCCUCUCGAAGCUGCUCCGGUGGAACGGUUUUCAUUGCGUGGUCUGUUCAAGAAAAAGCGACCUCAACCUCCGGCCAUUGAGACUACAUUCAAGCUUCCUGCUGCUCCGCCAGUUUGGCCACCAGGUAAAGGAUUUGCCACUGGAGUCAUUGUUCUAGGUGGAUUGCGAGUGUCUCAAGUUUCAACAUUUAACAAAAUUUGGGCCACCUUUGAAGGGGGACCGGGUAAUGCUGGGGCAACCUUUUUUGAGCCAACAGGAAUACCUGAAGGAUUCUACCCGUUAGGUUUCUAUAGCCAACCCAACAACAAACCUCUUUUUGGAUGGGUUCUGGUGGCAAAAGAUGACUCUCCACCCAGCAAUGCAUCUCUAAAAGCUCCAGUCGAUUAUAAGCUGAUAUGGAGCAGCAAUUCUCUGAAACUCAAGCAAAAUGGCCCUGGUUAUGUUUGGCUACCAAUAGCCCCUGACGGCUACAAAGCUCUCGGCCAUGUAGUCACAACCUCCCCGGAAAAGCCUUCCCUUGACAGAAUCCGGUGUGUCCGAUCAGACCUCACCGACCAACCCGAGACAUACUCAUGGAUUUGGGGACCAGGCAAGAACUAUGACCCCAAUGGACUAAAUGUCUAUGAUGCAAGACCAAGCAAUAGGGACACUCGAGCUCAGGCUGUCCGUGUAGGGACUUUCAUUGUUCAAAAUGGAGGAACCACCACCCCUCUCUCUAUUGCCUGCUUGAAGAACACGAAUGGUAACUCAAUCUCUAUGCCUAAUCUACAUCAAAUAGAGGCAAUAGUCCAAGCUUACUCUCCAGUAAUGUACUUGCAUCCUGAUGAACAAUAUCUACCCUCCUCUGUGAACUGGUAUUUCGCCAAUGGGGCAUUGUUAUACAAGAAAGGGGAAGAGUCAAAACCUGUCCCUGUACAACCAAACGGCACUAACCUCCCUCAAGAUCCCAACAAUGACGGUGCCUAUUGGUUAGACCUACCUACUGAUCAAGCCAACAAGGAAAGAGUGAAAAAAGGAAAUCUAGAGAGCUUCCAUUCUUAUAUACACGUAAAACCCAUGCUCGGAGGAACAUUCACAGACAUAGCCAUGUGGAUAUUCUACCCUUUCAAUGGGCCAGCAAGAGCAAAAGUAGAAUUCAUCAAUGUCUCGUUGGGGAAGAUCGGCGAGCACGUGGGGGACUGGGAGCACGUGACCCUAAGAAUAAGCAAUUUCAAUGGCCAACUUUAUCAAAUCUACUUCUCAGAACACAGCGGAGGCACCUGGGUCGACGCCUCCCAGCUCGAAUACCAAAAUGGCAACAAACCUGUGGCGUAUUCUUCCUUACACGGGCACGCCAUGUACGCACAAUCUGGCCUUGUAUUGCAGGGAAGUAGCGGAAUCGGAAUCAGAAACGACACUGAUAAGAGCAACAUGAUAGCGGAUUUGGGGUCAAGAUUUGAGGUGGUAUCUGCAGAAUAUUUGGGACCUGGAGUGGUGGCGGAGCCGCCAUGGCUGAACUACUUCAGGCAAUGGGGUCCGAAGGUAACUUAUGACACGGAGGAGGAGAUAAGGAAAGCAGAGAAAAUGUUGCCGGGAAGGCUGAAAUCUGCGUUCGAGAAGAUAGUGAGGGGAUUGCCGAAUGAAGUGUUGGGAGAGGAAGGACCCAUAGGUCCAAAGGUGAAGAGAAACUGGAAUGGUGAUGAAGCUUGAAUGUUAUACACAUAGGCUUUAGGUAGGCUCUAAGCUUUAUUCUUUAAAGCUUGUUUAUUUAUGCAACUGGUAUUCUUUUUAAGGGGGAAAGGAGAAGAAUAUUUAGAGGAUUAAUAUGUGAUCACAUGGGGUUGUAUUUAUGAAUUAUGAUCAUGGUGCUUGGACAAUUGCGUAGUUGUCUAAGGUUGUUUUUUUUUUUUUUGGGGCCUGAAAAGUCUAAGGUUGUUAAUAUGAAAAAUGUGGAAGGGAUUAUUUAUUCAAAAGCUAGGCAAUAGAGGGUCCCUCAUCCUUCUUCAAGCCCCCCAAUGUGAGUAUAACGUUGCAUUUUCUGAUGAAAUCCAUUCCAUGACCCUCCUGAUGGCUGCUGAAACUUGAAA